CGUCAGCACAAAUGGGGCAUAUCCUGGCAUCAAUUGGGUUGGCAGCGGAGUGUGACUCCAAGCCCAGUGCCACUCCGGCCGACCACACUUCACCACGUCACCAUGUUCGGCGUGGGCUUAGCAUUCGUGUGCCUCUGCUUCUCCGUCGUCCAAUCCUUGCCACCGGAUAAGGUGUCAGCGUUCCACAUAAUAAAGACUCGAAGUAUAGAUUUGAACACGGCUUAUGGCUUGUCCAUGGAGAAUCGUCUAAACAAAGCGGUGCAGCCAACCAAUUACCGACUGGAACUGGAACCUUACCUUGAAGACGCUGUGUUCAAAGGUCAUGUGAAGAUUAAUCUAGUGUGGCUGUUGGACGCUGACGAAAUUACCCUGCAUUGUGCCCAUGAGAUUGAAAUCACUGAGACGGAAGUCAAGAUUUUGGGGCACAACUCAGACCGGGUUGACACAAUCGAUAUCGUGAAGCAGACAAUGGACCCGAAGAAACCAGUUCUUAAUAUCAAACUUGAUAGAAUAAUCCAGAGGGGAACUAAAGGGUUCAUCGUGUUCAGUUACAAUGGAAAUAUGGAAACUGCUACCACUGAGGCUUUCUUCAAGACUGUUUACAUCACCGAUCAGGAGGUAGAGAGGAUCGUAGCAGGGACACAACUGCGGCCCACAAAUGCUAGACGUAUGUUCCCUUGUUUCGACGAGCCGAGUUAUAAGACUCCUUUUGAACUGAGUGUUGUACGGCCCAAGAAUAUGAUUGCACUCAGCAAUACACCCGUAGCUAAGACCGAGGAGAUUACUGGAGAACCAAACGCAGUAUGGGAUCACUUUGAGAAGACGCCUCCGAUGUCAACAUUCACACUUGGUCUCGUCAUCGCUGACUUAAAGCAGCUGGGCAACUCCACGGUGGUCACAGAUGAUGCCGGUGGCAAAAUGGAGCUCCGCGUUUGGGGUCGCCCAGAGUUCCUGCCAGCCCUGGAGGGUAUCAACGAGAAGUUCGUACGAGUGUUCACCGAGAUUUCCAACUACUGGAAUUCUUCGCUGCCGAUACGCAGGAUGGACCUCGUGGCAUUGCCCAACUACCAGGGGGUGAAGCCUGCCGAUAACUGGGGGCUGAUUGUUUUCAAAGAGAGCGAUCUGGCCAGCAAGGGGUAUCUGCAGUUGGCUUCAGAACUGACGUACCAAUGGAUGGGAGCAUUCACCACGCCGGCGUGGUGGACCGACGCCCACUUAAACAAGGCUCUAGUGGGAUAUCUCGCUGCCGAAAUUGCUUUUAAGAUUAACAAUGGAUCAGAAAUGGAAGGCAAAUGGCCGAUGACUGUACUUUACUCACUAUACUACGAGUUCAGCAAACGCUACCCUCAUUCUCGUAUCACUGGCAUGAAGCAAGAGACCACGUGCACGAAGAUUGAACUGCUCUUCAGAAUGUUCAACCUCACCCUCGGAGGAGAGACCUUCAGAAAUGGCUUGAGAGAUUUCCUUGAAAUCAGCAAGUACAAGACCUUCCAUGGCGAUGAUAUCUGGUAUGCGCUAGAUAGUUCUGCCAAGAAAGACAAGAAAGUUGCUGAGGACAUCAGUGUUAGGUCAAUUGCCAGGAGUUGGACAGAUAGGGACAGAUUGCCGCUUGUUACUGUGACUAGAAACUACGACGCCAAGACUGCUCAUGUGACGCAGAAAGUGUUCCUUCGUGAGCGUCCCCAUGACGUUCCCGAUGCCGAUCGCAUGUUGUGGUUUAUCCCGCUGGUAAUAGCACGCAGCGACAAACUGGACUUCACCAAGACUUCUCCCGUCGCUUGGAUGAAGAACCAGAAGGAACACGACCUCAAAGACUUACCUAAUAAGGAACAUUUCAUCAUUGUUAAUCCUGAAGAAAUCGGUCCAUACCCUGUGAAUUAUGACCAAGACAACUGGAAUCUCCUGGCAACUUACCUACAAAGUAAUAAGCGUAACCUCAUCCCUGAGCUUACUCGAGCCAAGUUGCUCCACGAUGCCUGGAACCUCGCCUAUGCAGGAGAAUUGUCCUUCGCAACUGCAUUUAACAUGACCCUCUUCUUGAAGGAUGAAAGGAAUCACAUCGUGUGGGAUCCUGUGUUUACGAUGAUUGAUCACAUUGGCAGACAUAUUUGUGAUUGUAUUCACGGAAAAUUCCAGGCGUAUGUCAGAGCUCUUUUGAGUCCUCUCUACGAGGAAUUGGUGAAGAAUGAGCGCGAAGAUGAGGAGAAUUGGCGAAAGAAUCUGCGAUCGCAUACGAAAGCGUUCUUAUGCCAAGCUGGGUACAAGCCCUGCAUCAGGGAGGCUCAGGAGCAGUACAGCAAGUGGAUGCAGGCUAAGAACCCUGAUGAAGGCAAUCCUAUUUCAAACCAGUACAUCUGUCCUGUCUUCAAGUACGGUACGAAGAAGGAAUGGGAGUUUGGAUUACAGAGAGUGAUCAACUUCCCUCCAUCUCGCAAACAAAGCGAGAGAACUUAUCUUUUGAAGACCUUAGCUGGUUGUCCAGUUGAAGAAUAUAAAAUUAUGAGGUUACUGAACAUCACGGUGCUCGAAGGUAACGGAAACUUCACGGAAACAGACAUCUUCCUCAUCUUCAGUAUGCUGACGGGGGCUCCUCAAGGAUACACCACACUUUUCACAUUCCUUAAAAACAACUGGGACGUGCUUAAGGAAAAAUUCCAUAGCAAGACCAAUCUCUGGGACAAUCUGAUCACAUCAGCUACUUCUCAGUUCACGACCCAGUCUGGGUUGGAAAUGGUGUCCAGUUUAUACGUCUCCCACCAGGGAGAGUUCGGAUCUGCCGAACACAUCAUCGAGAAGUCUAUGAGGAACAUUAGAGAGGAAGCCAAGUGGUCCCAUGAGAACAUUCCAGUCAUUGAACAAUGGCUCGACAAAUACCUUGCCAACGUUGAUAUCAAAGAAGAACAGUUUAUCGACAACUAAGUUAAGACUAAGUCCUGUUCAUAUGACUAAGUGAUUCUAUUUAAUAAAAUACAACUUCGUCAAUACAUAUUCAAAUGUUAUAUCCAGUGUAUAAUAUCUACGCUGUCAUAUGAACCCUUUCUUAAAUUCAGAAUUCAAAUUACAAAAAUUGAAUUUAUUUUAUAACUGCAGUGCAGUAAAAAGAAGGUACUCGUAUUGUCAAUUAUCUAAGUACAGUAUUAUAGUAUUUAACUCAUAAUUUGUACAUAAAUUGGAUGUUGUUUACAAUAAAGUAAAAAAAAAGUGG